AGGAGAAACAGUAGACAUUUCAAAAUGGGGUUUAUAAUGUUCAAAAAAUCACCAGGACAAUUGCGGCAAAGCAAACAGAGGUCAGUAUUGGAGGGAAAAAUUUUUUUAAUUGCAAGUAUUGGAUUAGUCUGUUCAAUUUUGCCAAUUAAUACUUCAGCGGCUGUUGUUGAAGCUACACAAAACGAUGCGACGGUAAAUAAAUGUACCGAUAACGCAUGUGCCGUAGAACAAUCAGAAACCGCCGCACAAAUCUUAAGAUACCGUGAUGCCACUAUUAAGCCUUGUGAUAAUUUUUUCCGAUUCGCUUGUGGUAAUUACAAAAAAACUGAUAAAUCUAACGAUUACGAUUAUCUUGAAGCACAAAAACAUGAUUAUCUUGAAAAGUUGAUCCGGAAAGGAAUCUCUUCUAACUUCAAACCCUACAAACUUAUCGACGAUAUUUAUAAAACAUGCAUCAAUGAAAAUGCCAAAGGGCCACAAGCUCUAGAUCUUUUAAAACGUACGAUGAAAAGUUUUGGCAAUUGGCCGAUUUUAGAAGCUAACUGGAAGGAGUCCACUUUCGACUGGAUUGAUUUCACCGGUGAUGCUAAAAAAACCGGUUACAACAUCAAUUAUUUCUUAGAUUGGAUACCAAAGCCUAUGUAUAGUGGUCCCCAUAGGAGUUUAAGAUACUCUGUUAAGAUGGCUGAAACUCAUUUCGAUCCUUCUAUGCCUGACAAAACUAUCUCACAAAAACAAGCCUACUCUGAUUACAUGGUAAAAGUAGCACAACUUCUUGGAGCGAAUGUUGGUGACUUGAUGAAGGACAUGAAAGAUGCAUACGAUUUUGAAGAACAACUAUCAAAAAUUAAUGUCGGAGACCAUCCUUACGAGACAGCCAAUUUCACUAUUGCAGAAUUACAAAAGCAAUGGCCGAGUAUCGAGUGGAAGCGAUUUGUUGACAGAACACUAAUUCCCUAUGUGGAUGCUAGUGAAAAACCUAUUCUUACUGUUUGGAAUUCUACCACUUUAACAGAGUUCACACAACUAAUGAAAAAAACCCCAACACGGGUGCAAGCAAAUUACGCUUUUUGGAAAAUAGUUCAAUACUCAGCUCCUUACUUGACUAAAGAAUUUAGGGAGGCGCAAAAAACGUUCCAUAAACAAGUAGGUUAUGUCCGGAUUCCAGAUGAUGACGAUUGUCUGGAAUUGGCUAAAAAAUAUGCAGUAUAUGCCACCCAAUACUUAUAUUUGGAUCAAUACAAAAGCAGUCAGGCGCUCCUUAAAAAUAUGAUUGGGUCUGUUAAAACUGAAAUGAUUAAUUUGAUGAAAGAAUCUAAAGUAUUGAAUGCCAAAGAUAAAAAUAAAGGAAUAAAGACCAUUACAGAAAUGCCUUUUACUAUCGGGCCGUCGGAAAAACUGUCUGAUCCAAAAGAACUGGAAAAAUUCUAUGCAAAUGCACAAGUCGUCAAAGAUAACUUUUUGCAAACGAUCUUGAACUUGAAUUUAUUCAAAAUGAAAAAGGAUUUCAGCGUUAAAUUACAAUCAGAAGUCGCUCCAUACGGCGUUACUCGGAUACAUAACACAGCACUCCCGGAAGUAUUCGCUGGUCGUCUACACAUACCAGCUUCGAUGAUUCCCAGCCCAUUAUUUGACGAACAUCAUCCAAUGUACAUGAAUUACGGUUCGGGUGCGUCUUACAUUGCAGUGAAUAUCGCAGAAACUUUGGCUGAUAUGGGAAGAAGUUGGAAAAAAGAUGGAACCCCACUUCCAAAUGACCAAUUCGAUUGUUUCCGUCGUCAUUAUGAGGAUUUGUCUGACGACGCAAAGAAACAAAGACUUCGUCACAAUAGAUUCGAAGAUGAUUUGAUCCUCCAAUACAUCGGAUUUCGGACAUCUCGGAAUUCUUACAAGACUUACGCCGCCAACCAUGGUAUUGAAAAACCUCUUGCAGGAUUAUCAUAUCCUCCGGAGCAAUUAUUCUGGAUAUCUUUUGCUCAAUCGUAUUGUUCUAGAUACACAGAUUUAGUUGAUGCCCGUGAUAUUAAUAACAAUCAGUUCAAUAUUAUUGAGUACUUGAUGAUGAAAAUUUUAUCAAAUGUACCUGAAAUUUCAUCAGACUUUCAAUGCCCUGUGGGUUCUAAUUUGAAUCCCGCAAAAAAAUGCACCUGGUGGUAAUUUCAAGAACAUUUUACAUCGAAAUUUUUAAAUAUUUUAUCCCACGGAGAGAAAAAUAUCGCCAGAAUGACUAUCCAAUGUAUCCUCAAAUGCCGUAUCGUCAGAAUAAUGAUUCGUAUACUUAAUUUAGGAAUACUCUCAUAUUAAUUUAAUAAUCUAUAGUAUCGUUAAAAUAAAGACAUGUAUUUAGGUUAGGAUAAGUAUUCGUUUAUUUAAUUUAACAAUACGACGAAUAGCCUUUGUAACGAUAUGUAGUUUCGUUGAUAUAGGUAUCUGUACCGCCAGUGUGAGGAUCCGUAUAGCUAAGUUGGCUAUACGUAUCAUCGUUCUCGGUUGUCGGAUGCCUAAAUUCAGAGUUUGUGCAAUACACGGAGAGAAAAUUAUAGUAACUGUUCCUAGUACGUUUAUGAAAUAUCAUCCCAUACCGUUAUGGUAAUGAUUACUUGGGAUUAUGGGAUAUAAACCCAUACUUUCUGGGAAAAGUUUCCAUAAGUAUGGGAACAAUUCCUAUCAUUAUGGUAACAGUUUCCAUAUCGCAUGUGAAAGAAUCAUGGUAAUGAUUACCAUACUCAUAGGAAUAGUUCCCACAAGCAAAUAGUA